AUGAUAGAACAGCAGAAGCGAAAGGGCCCAGAGUUGCCGCUGGUCCCAGUCAAGCGGCCGCGGCAUGAAUUGCUAUUGGGAGCGGGGGGUUCCUGUCAGGGGCAACAGCAAGCUGACUACUCUGUACUUCUCUCUUUUGUUUAGGGGCCUCCAAGAUGUUCCUCCCUUCAAGCCCCAAUCAUGCUUCUCUCAGGACAUGAAGGGGAAGUGUAUUGCUGCAAGUUUCACCCCAAUGGGUCCACCUUAGCAUCUGCAGGAUUUGACCGACUGAUAUUGUUGUGGAAUGUCUAUGGUGACUGUGAUAACUAUGCUACAUUGAAGGGACACAGUGGAGCAGUGAUGGAACUGCAUUAUAACACAGACGGCAGUAUGCUCUUCUCAGCAUCCACAGAUAAAACUGUGGCGGUGUGGGAUAGUGAAACAGGCGAGAGAGUUAAAAGACUGAAGGGGCACACUUCCUUUGUGAAUUCCUGUUAUCCGGCCAGGAGGGGUCCCCAGCUUGUCUGCACUGGCAGUGAUGACGGUACAGUUAAGCUUUGGGACAUCCGUAAGAAAGCAGCGAUCCAGACAUUUCAGAACACCUACCAAGUGUUAGCUGUGACCUUCAAUGACACAAGUGAUCAGAUUAUUUCUGGUGGAAUAGACAAUGAUAUCAAGGUCUGGGACCUGCGCCAAAAUAAGCUGACCUACACGAUGAGAGGCCAUGCAGAUUCAGUGACUGGCCUGAGUUUAAGCUCUGAAGGCUCUUAUCUCUUGUCCAAUGCAAUGGACAAUACAGUGCGGGUCUGGGAUGUCCGGCCAUUUGCUCCCAAAGAAAGGUGUGUGAAGAUAUUUCAAGGAAAUGUGCACAACUUUGAAAAGAAUCUUCUGAGAUGUUCUUGGUCACCUGAUGGAAGCAAGAUAGCAGCUGGCUCAGCCGACAGGUUUGUGUAUGUGUGGGAUACCACAAGCAGGAGGAUCUUGUAUAAGCUGCCCGGCCACGCUGGCUCCAUCAAUGAAGUGGCUUUCCACCCUGACGAACCCAUCAUUCUCUCAGCAUCCAGUGACAAGAGACUAUAUAUGGGAGAGAUUCAGUGA